AUGGCAAGUAUCCAAUAUGCACAUUCUGUCUUGAUUGAGACGUCAUUAGGUGACAUUGUCAUUGAUUUAUUCACAAAAGAAUGUCCAAAGACGACAUUAAACUUUUUGAAGCUUUGUAAAAUCAAGUAUUAUAAUUUUGCGCCAUUCUUUAAUGUUCAAAAGGACUUUAUGGCUCAAACAGGAGAUCCUACGGGAAAGGGCGAUCAAGGCGAGUCGAUCUACGGUAUACUCAACGGACCCAGUCAACGUUACUUUCCAGCAGAGAUCAAUCCUUCAUUAAAGCACACAAGGCGAGGUAUGGUCUCUAUGGCCGUUGCAGCAGAUGCCUCUGUUGAGAGUGGCGGCGUGAGUGGGAGCCAGUUCUUUAUUACACUAGGCGAAAACUUGGAUUAUCUGGAUGGUAAAUAUACUCUAUUUGGUGAAGUAGCAGAAGGGUUUGAAACGCUAGACAAGAUCAAUGAGGCCUACUGCGAUGAGCAAGGGAGACCUUAUCGUGAUAUACGUAUCAAGCAUACAGUCAUCUUGGAUGAUCCGUUCCCUGAUCCAGAAGGAUUGCAGGUUCCGGAUAAAUCACCUAUGCCUACCAAGGAGCAAUUGGAAUCGAUGCGGAUCGCAGAGGACGAGGAACUGGAAGAAGGCGAAGACGAAGAGGAAAUUGAAAGGGCAAACAGGGCAAGAGAAGCCAGGGCCCAUGCAUUGACACUGGAAAUGAUUGGUGAUCUGCCGUUUGCUGAAGUGAAGCCGCCUGAAAACGUGUUGUUUGUUUGUAAAUUGAACCCGAUCACAAGAGACGAAGACUUAGAACUGAUAUUUUCAAGAUUUGGACCUAUUCAUAGCUGUGAAAUUAUUCGCGAUCGAGUGACGGGAGAUUCGCUCAGUUAUGCAUUCGUAGAAUUUGAAAGAAAAGAAGAUGCAGAAGAGGCUUAUUUCAAAAUGCAGUCCGUGUUGAUUGAUGACCGUCGUAUUCAUGUCGAUUUCUCUCAAUCCGUGUCUAAGCUUCAUAAAGAUUGGAUCCUUCAGCGUACCGGUAGAGAUACCAUGGGAGGUUUUGAAAAUCUUACGAAACGAACAAGAUACCGAGAGGAAGCAAAUACUGCCGACACUAGUAAAUAUGAAAUGGUGUUUGACAGAGAUGACUAUAAAAGACAAAAGUCAGCAGAAGAUAGAGAUAAGAAAAGAGAGUAUAGUCGAGACAGGAAUAAAAGAAAAAGCUAUAGCCGAGAGAGAAGAAGAGAUGAUAGCAGGGACAAAUAUAGAAGAAGAGAUGAUAGUAGAGAUAGGUAUAGAAGAAGAGAUGAUAGCAGAGACAAGUAUAGAAGAAGAGACGAUAGCAGAGAUAAAUAUAGAAGAAGAUAA